CAGCUCUUCCCGGUGAGCUUCCAAGCACCAAAAGACAGCAAUUGUUCUUUGAUGCUGAUCCAGGAUCCGGAGCCCGGCAUGAUCUCAACACAUCCAUCACGUCCAUGACUUGACCUGGAUUUCAGUCUCAGUGGGCACAGGAUUCAUGACAUGCCAUGACAUCAACACGGCGGCCAUGUUGGCCGCCGCACAACAGACAAAAUGGAAGGACAAGGUGAUGGAUGGCACAAUGGCCCAAGUAGUUACCAUAUUCCGCUGCUUAUAGGGAAUCGACCCCCCAAUGACGACCCUAACAUGGAGUACAUUGUCGUACUCGAUUUUAUAGUGAAUCAGGAGAUCAUCUUUGUAAACGAGGGGGAGCCGUGGCCAGAUGACAUUGACAUGAAUGUCAGUCAAAAUGAUGAAAACAUUGACAUCAUCAUUGACAAUGAUAGUCAGCUGGAAGCAGCUGUCGGGGCUGAGGUUGAGAUUGGAGUCAUUCGGAGUGCGGAGGAAGAAGACCCUAUCCUGGGAUCACCGAGGCAUAUUUGCAGGUCUGAAGACGAGGAUGACAGCAGCAGUUUCAGGUGGUGGGAUGAGUUUGAUGGCAACAGUUCAGACGGCAGCGCUGAACAAGAUGUCAAUGAAGUCGAACCCCCACUGAUGCUACAAACGCAAGCCAACCUGUACCUCAUGAGUUUAAGCAGCCAUCUGACACGCAGCUCGGGCAUUAUAGUUUUGGCUGAGGGAGGCAGAGCUUCAAAAGAGAGGGAUGGUUUUUGGGAGCAAGAUUUGGAGGAUGACCCACUGACCACUGCGUGCACAGAAAAAUUGAAGGAAAACCACGAAGAAGGAAAUGGUAGCAUCAUGAACUGA